AUGCUGCGCUCACUCUCCACCGCCUUUUGCCUGGUCGGCCUUACUGUCGCCCAAACAUUCCAAGCUGAAGCAGGAACUCUUAUCGGGGUCACGACAGGCACCGCAACCUCAGGCUACAACGGGGCAGGUUACGUUACCGGCUUUGAUGCGGAUGCCGAUACAGUAACCGUUUGGCCAUGGAUCACUCAAGCCGGCUCUUACAGCCUCACAAUUCGCUACAGCGCCCCCUACGGCGAGAAGAAGACGACUAUUCUGGUUAAUAGCGCAACAUCAGGCGAAUUGACGCUUCCGUCGUGUACGGGGUGGUGCACUAUAUCUGCUGGAACAAUCACUAUGCCAACUGGCUCCGUCGGUGUUGGUCUGAAGAGCAACUGGGGCUACUACGAUGUUGAUGAAUUCACCAUCGCCUACACCGGUUCUGGCACCGGCACCGGCACCGGCACUGUCACUAGCUCCCCCAUCGACGGUUCAGCCACAGCAGGCGCUAAAGCUCUCCUUAAGUACAUGCAGAAGAUUUACGGAUCCUACUAUCUAUCUGGUCAACAAGACCCUGCCUCUCUCCUCUGGGUCACUCAGAACGUUGGAAAGACCCCUGCAAUUCUUGGAAGCGACUUUAUCGAGUACUCCCCAUCCCGUGUCGCGAACGGAGCAACCUCCACCGCUGUCGAAGAUGCAAUUGCUUGGGAUGCUCGUGGUGGAAUCAACACCUUUGUGUGGCACUGGAACGCCCCAACGGGCCUUAUCAACACAUCCGGAAAGGAAUGGUGGCGAGGGUUCUACACCGAUUCCACAACCUUUGAUGUUGCUGCUGCGCUGAACGAGGGCACCUCCGGCACAAACUACAAGCUCCUUCUCCGCGACAUCGACGCCAUUGCGGUACAGAUUAAACGGCUUUCAGAUGCUAACGUACCUAUCCUCUUCCGUCCUCUGCACGAGCCAGAGGGUGCCUGGUUCUGGUGGGGUGCGAAGGGAUCUGCUGCCUUCAAGACUCUAUGGAGCUUGGUCUACACAAGAUUGGUCAAUUAUCACGGACUUCACAAUAUGGUCUGGGUAUGCAACACCGCAGACUCAAAUUGGUAUCCUGGAAACAGUUAUUGCGAUAUUGCGACGGUUGAUAUCUACACCAGUGCUGGAGACCAUUCAGCCCAGUCAAGCCAGUAUAACGCAUUGAAGACACUAACCGGGGGAUCGAGGGUCAUUGCGUUAGCGGAGGUGGGAGUGGUCCCUGAUCCGGACCUAAUGACAUCCGGGGGUGCUCCUUGGGCUUACUGGGUUACAUGGGCGGGAGAUUUCGUUUCAGGUGGGAGUUACAACUCUUUGUCGUUCCUAAAGACUGUCUACAACCAUGCCAAGGUGAUUACUCUCGAUGAGCUGGGUUCGUGGAAGUCGACCACCUAA